GUGCUCAACCGCAGCGACUCGUCCGCCUCGCUCAGCACCUGCGCCGGGCUGGUUGGCUACAUCCAGAUAGGACCAGAGCACAUGCUAAUACAACCAGUAAAUAUGUCGGAGACCUCCUUUAGUGGAAAGGAACACUUCAUCAGGCACCGACGAUCUGCAAGGUCAAGUCAUCCCAUGAAGUUGCAAGUUCCUGAUGAGCACUGCAAGGUUGUAGCAGAAAAGAAGAGACAAAAGAAGAUGAAAACAACUAGUGACUGGAGGGAGAGAAGAAAUGCCAUUCGACUCACCAACGAGUACACAGUAGAAACUCUGGUGGUGGCAGAUGCUGAUAUGGUCCAAUACCAUGGUGCAGAGGCUGCCCAAAGAUUCAUCCUCACGGUUAUGAACAUGGUGUACAACAUGUUUCAACAUCAAAGCCUUGGAAUUAAAGUCAACAUUCGAGUGACCAAGUUAGUCCUGCUUCGAAACCGUCCUGCAAAAUUGUCUAUCGGGCAUCAUGGAGAGAGGUCUUUGGAGAGCUUCUGUCACUGGCAAAAUGAAGAAUAUGGUGGAGCAAAAUACCUUGGCAACAACCAGGUUCCUGGUGCAAGAGAUGAUACCCCUCCUGUGGAUGCUGCUGUUUUUGUAACCAGGACAGAUUUCUGCGUACACAAAGAUGAGCCUUGUGACACCGUGGGGAUUGCUUACCUGGGAGGUGUCUGCAGUGCCAAGAGAAAAUGUGUUCUUGCUGAAGACAAUGGUCUCAAUCUGGCAUUUACAAUUGCACAUGAACUCGGGCACAA